UUAAUUACUUUAAAAAGUUUUAUACAGAAGUAGAAUCUGUUGCUAAAGAGUGGCAAUUUCAUAAAGCUAGGCUAACAGCGCCACUUUGUGGUAAUUUGCAGCAAUUGCAGCUCAUAUUUAAAAUACAUAUAAAGGGAUCAAACAAUGUAAGAGUGCUUUAUCAAACCAGGAUAUUAACAACCACUUCAGAAGGAGCAUCAGCACGACGACUAAUAUUACACACAUCUUUAUAACUGCAAUCAUAAUAGUAGUAAUAGCGGUUGUGGUAAACGCAGUAAAAUACUAUAAAUCCUGCUGAUUUCAUAGUGGAACUAACAGAUGUCUGAUAUACAGUACAUUCCAAAGUGACGUAUGUAAACAACUGUAAACAAAUGUUACAUGACAGAACAUUUCAAAAUAAAAGUCAGUCUAACUGCAGAAAACAAAACCGAAAACAUAAAAUCCUUUUUAGACGUCAUUUACUUAAAAUUCUAAAUAAUAAAUAUUAAAUUGAUUCAAAAUCAACAAAUAAUAUCAAGUGCGUUUAAAAAACGAAGCUUCGGUGUUCUCACACUGGAGGACUUUUAAUGUAAAUUUCGCUGUGAUUUCAAAACCACUGCUCCAGGGUUCAGAUGAGGUAUUACAACAUCAUCCAGUCAGUCACUAUGUCAACUCUGAGACCGGUGUAAUUCUAUGAGUUUCUAAACCAUCACUAUGAUGCGGUCCAUUCUGAUCGUGGCGAUUUUACUAUCCAUAGCAGCUGCUUAUUAUAUUUAUCUGCCUCUUCCCAGCACUAUAUCAGAGCCAUGGAAACUCAUGUUUAUGGAUGCAAUAUUGCGUGGUGUAAUGCAUGUGAGCUUUUUCGCUCACAAUCUUGGCCUGAGUCAACCUUUCGAUGUUGCAAAGUACGCUGCGUCAUGGGAUGAAAUAAAGGCUCCACAGUCCAGCCAAACCAUCCGGGUCACAGAAACAUAUUUUGAAGGAGUUCAGGCGCAAGUGUUUGAAUCCACACAAGCAGACCAGGAGCCAUAUUUAAAAAGAGGAAUCAUCUAUUUUCAUGGAGGCGGAUGGACAUUAGGCAGUGGAAAGAUGCAGACUUAUUACCUUCAGUGCUGGUCUAUGGCUGAACAGCUGGAUGCUGUUGUAAUAUCAAUUGAGUACAGGCUGACGCCGGAGGCACGUUUCCCAGAUCAGUACAAUGAAGCCGUUCAGGCCUCAAAACACAUAUUGACGGCUGAGAUUUUGAGGCGGUAUUUUAUAGACCCAAAACGAGUGGCUGUGUCAGGUGACAGCGCCGGAGCCAAUCUGGCUGCCGCUGUGGCGCAACAGAUGGCUUUGGAUCACAGUGCUUCUAUUAAGUUCAAAGUCCAAGCUCUUCUGUACCCUGUGCUUCAGGCUCUAGACUUCAACACCCCGUCAUACCAGCAGAACGGCAACAUUCCCAUCCUGCACCGUCCUCUCAUGGCCCGCUUUUGGCUGGAGUAUCUAAACGGGGAUCCAAGACUUGUUAUGUCUUUACUGGCAAACAACCACACAGUUCAGAGCCAGGAGACAGAAGCAGCCAGGGCUAAGAUCGACUGGACACGGCUUCUUCCGGUGGCCUUUCAGAAGAGCUAUAAACCUGUGUUUCCUCUCGACGGGGACCCGAAGCUCCUGGAGAUGCUGCCAGGCCUGCUGGAUGUGAGAGCGGCUCCUUUACUGGCCGAAAGUGAAGUGCUGAAGGCCGUUCCUCCUGCUUAUAUUAUGACCUGCGAACAUGACGUGCUGAGAGAUGAUGGGCUGAUGUACGCCACACGACUGCAGCAAGCCGGAGUUCCAGUCACCCUCGACCACUAUGAAGACGGCUUUCACGGCUGCCUCAGUUUCGCUUUCGGACCCUUUCGCUUUUCCGUGGGCUUUAAAAGCUUUAGGAACUAUAUCAGGUGGAUGGAGGAGAACCUCUAAUGAAGUAUGUUUUGGUUUUACAAUUUAACAAUUGGAUUUUUAGAAUUAAAAUGCAUCGCUGCAUGCCAAUGCCAUAGAUUAUGAAUGGGGGGAAACGUGCAUCAAUCAGUGCCAAAGCUGCUGAAACACUGCUUUCAGGACAAUGGUUGUAUUGUUUUAGGAGUGGUGGAGUUAAGCUACUUUGUGUUAUAUGAAUAAUGCAAGAUGAUCCAGAUUAUACAAAGAGGCUUCUUGCAUUUCCAGGAAAGUGACUCCUCGUCUCUAUUCUUAGAGAAUUCCUAUUUGGAUAUCUGAAGUAUUGUUGAAAUUAUUCAGAUGAUUAGUAAUCCUGCUGCUAAUGAUGAUAAAAUAUGUCAAAAUAAUAUACAUUUAAAAAAGUAUUAAAGUGAGCGAUUAAAUUUAAAUCCCUUUUUAAUGUGCAAGAUUAUAUCACAGCUUUAUCUCAAAAUCUAUGAACAGCUUAUAUUAUGAGCAGAUUAUGUUUUUACUUUAUAUGAACUCGAUUUUUCAUUAAAUAAAGUCAGAAUUGCAAGACUAUAAACCUGAAAUGAUGAGAACUAAUAUAAUUUGAAAGAAAAAUUUAGAAUUUCAAAAAAGCUUGAAUUGCGAGAAAGCUUUUACACUUUCUAUUGCGAGGAGUAAAACAUGCAAAUGUAUUUUUCUUCAAUUUAGUGCCUUAUUUAUCUGGGGUCGCCACAGCGGAAUGAACCACCAACUAUCCCAGCAUGUGUUUUAAACAACGGAUACCCUUCCAGCUGCAACCCAGUACAGGGAAACACCUAUACACUCUCUUUCACACACAUUCAUACACUAAAGCAAAUUUUGUUUUUGGAAGAAACCCAUGCCAAACACAGGGCGCAAAGCCACCAAAAACCUUCUUGCUGUGAGGUGAAAGUGCUAACCACUGAGCCACCGUGCCACCCAUGCAAGUUAAAAUCUACAUAAAAGUUUAUAUCUACAACUUUUUUUUUUUUUUUACAAAUAAAUAUUUAAAUGGACUUCACUGAUGUAUCAGCAAUCAAUAUAUACUCACCGGUCACUUUAUUAGGUACACUUGUCCACAAAAAUCUCUAGGAUUUACAGAGAAUGGCUUGAAAAAGAG